GAAACGCGCGCAGCCGCGUAAUAACGGUAACGAUAGAGCAUCUCUCGCAAAAGCGUGUUUAAACGACGCCCGAGUAAAUAACGCGCGCCGUAGCGAGCAGGCCGCGUUCUGUUUGGCGUACGAAUCAUCAUCGCGCGAUGCGGCCGAGCCGUUAAAUCGCGAAGGAACACGCCGGCUUGUGCCGUUAGCGGAAAAUCACCCCGGCGAAAGGUCGCGCGCGCUGGCCGCGUUAGUACCACGACGACUACCCGCCACGAAUCGUUCGAUGACGGGACGAGCAUGCGGGAUUUCGUCUGAAGUAUGUCGCUCCUUCGACAGCUGUCCCUUCUCGUCGGCUGUCUCAAUUGGCUGAUCCUCUGCACCGGCUCGACGCUCGUCCACGAGAAGACGACCGAAGCCGCCGAGCAAGUCGUGCCCAGAGUCUUGUCGCGACCUAAGAGGUACUUGAUUUUUCCGCAGGGUAGUAAUUUUCAGUUAGUGUAUUGUCUGACUAUUGGGGCGUACGGCCGAGACGGUGAUUUGGUCCUGGGACUGACAGCUGCCUUAGCCUGGGAACUGCCGAAUCAGGUCAACUCAAAGAUAUCGAAUUUGCUUCACCGUAGAAGCCGGGCCGUCGUAUAUCCGAAAAUGGAGGCUUUCCUGCAAUCCACCGGCCUCGACGGCAGAUCCUGCGUGAUGAGGGCACUCUGCGAGGCGGGCCAACGGGAGCCCUCCCAAGUAGGCACAGGCACCUUUGUCCAGGAACUCCUCCACGCAAUUUUCACACUACCAAAGGACGGCAGCAGAUUCGAGCGAUCGGAAGACCGCGCGUACGACCAUGCUUACGAGACGAGCGGCGACUGCGAACGGCUGUAUCCUACGUGCCGCUAUUCUAUUUACGACGUGGACUUUUGAAACUGCGGCGGAAGCGACCGACUUUUCGCGUUGAGCGUCGAGCGGAGAGGGUGCCGCAAACUGCGGACUGCGGGCAUGCAUACGUGCGAACGUGACGCCGCGACCACGUUGUAAAUCGGACGGGAAACUCGCCCCGCCGCCGCGAAGGAUCUUAGCGAAGUUUUCCUGGCAGCCGGCCCGCGCCGCGGCGAUUUUUCCGCCUGGCGUUCGACGUUGGCGUUUGGCGUCGCCGUUCGCGCCGCGUAUAAUUUUUAUCAUCAGAAUCAGCCCGACGUGUCCGGCAUUAUCGAUUUUAUCACCGGAUACCUGGCGGCGAGCGACGAGCCGAGAAGCUCGGGAACUCUUGCUCUUUCUCCGUCCGCCUCGGCUGAUCUUCGUCGCGCUCGCGCGAGGCUACCGCGGCCGAUUUUCGGCAGAUGGACGUCAUUAGCGGAUUUGAAGAGCGUAAAACGGAUCUUGUACUUGACUCUUUUGUCCCUGAAUACAAAUUUUUCCCCCAAUGUGAAGGUGUUAGACAAGGAUCGGGCGUCUCGAAGUCAAAGUGAAGAUCUUUAGUGAA